AUGAAUGGAAACAGUUUCGAAAACAAUGUGUACGAUGCGGAAAACAUCACAAACACACCAAGCCAUCCUGCUGAUAUACAAAAUUCAGUCAACGUUGACGAAGUAAAUAGCGGCCAGGCUUUUGUAGACGACUCAGCCAAAAGACAGCGGUUAAAUCCUUUGAGACGCGUUUUUAUAUUAGAACCACCAAUAUUUAUUCUGAAUUUUAGCACCACUCUGCCAUCCGUUGUAUUUACUAAUCAAUUACUUUAUCAGAGCUGUAAAGUGAUUUUUGAUUACACUGAAGAAGACUGUCAACCAAUGUUGGGCAUUGCAAAUGCAACAACAAAUUCGGACAUCGAAAAACGAGUACAGCCCUACGUUUCCCAUAUAAUAUUAGCCAAUUCUUUGGUCUCGAGUAUUGUACCCGCAAUAUUGGCGCUCUUCAUUGGCUCAUGAAUGGUUUUAGCUGAUGCCGCAAUUGGCCUUGGCACUGUUGCCGGUACAUUGGCGGGCGGUGCACUCUUCGCCAAGACAAGUAUGCAAGUUGUAUUUGCGAUUUCAGCGCUAUCGGCGCUCUUAGCUAUGGUCUACAUAAUCUUUGUGAAUGAGGAGAGUUUAAAAGUGGAGCACACUACUUUGAUGUACAAGCUAAGCCAGUUCUUCAGUAUUACACAUCUCAUUGAUUUGGUGCGCACCUGCACUGCCAAGCGCCCCAAUCAUAUGCGCACCUUCAUUUGGCUUACGAUGAUUGCUUUGGUUAUUUCCAAUUUUACAACGUCUGGCGAGAGUAAUGUCUUCUACUUAUUUCUGCGCGCCAAAUUCAGUACUACAGUUAGCCAGUAUAGUGAUUACAACUCUAUUAGCGCUGCUAUUCAAAUUGCUGGUGGCACUUUUGCAAUUAUCACUUUUCGAAAGCACAUGCAACUUUCUAUCGAGACCAUAGCUAUUAUGUCUCUGCUCUCUGCCGUUUGUGAGAGCACAGUGCGCGCUGCGGCGCAACAAUUCUGGGAAAUGUAUUUGGCUACCGCGCUGGGCUUCAUUUCAACCAUCAUUACUCCGAUGUUGUUGACCAUUCUCUCCUUUGUGACACCGACGAAUGAAACCGGCAAAGUUUUCUCUGUGACGACAGCUCUGCAGACAAUCACUCCACUAGGCUCAGCACCACUCUACACCAGCGUUUACAAUGCGACGUUCGCCUUCUAUCCGGGCAUGUUCAACAUCAUCAGCGCUGUGCUAUAUUUCAUAGCAUUUUUGCUUAUUUUAUUGGUGCAAAUCAUAUCGCAUCGCAAAGGAGUGGCGGUUAGUCCAGCAAUUCAACGCAGUUAGAGAUGAGAUUCAGUAGUGUGUCGAGA